AUGGCCUGCACAAUCCCACCCAAAACCUGGGAAACCGGCUUCGCGCGCCCCACCGGGUCAUACUCCUGGCAAGACGAAGCAAAGUUCACUUCGCAAACAGGCGAGCGGUCGCACUACUCCAUUCCGCCACAUAUUGAACCGCCGAGCUCGACCGUGGGAAACACCCUUGGGGUUGGCGGUCUCCGGACGUGGCCGAGCUAUUAUGAUGGGACCGCGUACGCGGUGCCGGAGUGGUUUAGGCCGGCGAGGGAGGUGGAUGUGCUGAUUUGCGGUGCGGGUCCUUUUGGACUACAGGUUGGACUCAUCUUGGCGCGGCAAGGGAUCAGCUUCCGAAUCAUCGACAAAGCAAACACCCCCUGCCUCUCCGGGCGAGCAGACGCGAUCCAUCCACGCGGCCUCGAACUCCUCCACCAAUGGGGUCUCGUCAACGAGGCGAUAGAAGAAGGGCCCCUCCUCAAUUCCACUGCCAUCUACCGCAACGGCGUCCAGCUCUUCCACAGCCACGAACCGACGAGCGACUCGCGGUACCAGGGCGCUACUGUCAUCACGCAGGGCCAGAUGGAGCGCAUCUAUAUCCGUGAUCUGCUCCGCCACAAAACCGUCGUUGAGCGGGAGACCAUUGUUGAUAGCUUUGAGGUGUUUGAUGGCUCGGGGUCGAGUCACCCGGUGCAGGUCAAUUUGAAGAACAUUGGGAAUGGCAGGGAGGAGAUGGUGCGGGCGAAGUAUCUGAUUGGGGCUGAUGGCGCUGCGAGCAGCAUCCGUGAGCAGUUGAAGAUCAAAUUUGACGGGCUGGCUACGGAUAUUUACUGGGCGAUUCUGGAUUGUCGGUUCAAGACGGAUUAUCCGCACAUGUAUGGGCUGAGCAUGGUGAUCAGCGCCGAACACGGAGGAUCGAUCAUCAUUCCUCGCGAGGAGGGCUACACACGCUUCUACGUCCAGGUAAGCGGUGAAAUGGCACGACGGCUACAUGAAAAGCGACAGGCGAGGAAAAAUGCGUCGUCUGUAGGACAAACACGGAUUGACGAUCACGGCAUCACACCCGAGGAGGCACUGGAGCAGCUGAAUAAAAUCAUGUCGCCUUGGAAAAUCGAGUUUGCCUCGCCGAUGAGCUGGUUCUCUGUCUGGAAAGUCAACGAGAGGGUAGCGAGGCACUUUUCCUCUCCGGACUUGCGAGUCCAUUUGGGCGGGGAUGCUGCCCAUGUGCACAGCGUCCUCGGUGGCUUUGGCUUCAACUCCUCCAUGUACGACGCCGCCAACCUCGGCUGGAAACUCGGUCUCUGCAUCAAGAAGCAAGCCGAGCCAACAAUCCUCCUCCCAACAUACGACAGCGAGCGACGAAUCUUCGCCAACAGGGUAAUCCGCUGCUCCGGCGCGUACCUGCGCUUUAUUUGCAACUCGCAUCUCCCACUUGCCGCACUGCGCGGCCUCGACGAGAACCUCGAGACUCACGAUGAGGUCUUGCCGAAGCUGGAUAAUACGCCCGAAUCGGACUUUCAGUUCGUGUAUACGUUCUACAGGCGGCAUGCGAUGUUCUUGCUUGGAAUCGAGUGGCCCAUUAUCGAGUCGUCUAUCUGUCCGCCGGAUACUCGGGCCGAGCAGAGGCCCGUGUCCCUCCGGAAUGGAGUUCGUCCGCCGAAUCCACGAGUUUGUCUCGAAACCAAAUAUACAGCAUACCUAUACGAUAAAAUGGGAGGGGUCUCGCGUUUCCAUAUCAUCAUCUUCGGAUCGGAUAUGCAGGGCCCGGUCCGGAAGCAGCUGGCAAUCUUCUCGCAAAAGGCGUUCCGGAAGAACAGCUUCUUCCACCAGUACGGUGGCAAGGACCGAUUCAACAUCAUCCUCGUCGCAAAGGUCUUACCCCACGAAGCGGCAACCUUACUGGGACCACGCGACGGCGAAGAAGACGACCUGAAAUCCCUCCGCGAGCAAGCAACCGUCGUAUUCGACGACCGCGUCCCCGACGACGACGCACACUAUUGGUACGGAGUGAAUCACGCGCGCGGGGCAGUCGUUGCUGUUCGUCCGGACUUGGCUGUCGGGAUCAGUAUCUGGCCGGAAAACGUGGAGGAGCUCGAUGCGUAUUUUGGGUCGUUCCUUGUGCGACAGACUGCCGCACGGCCGGAGAAUGCAAAGGGUGCUGUGGAGGUUGUCAGCAACGAGGUCAGUGGUUCCGAAGGGAGCGACAAGGGAGUUGCCGCGCAUCGGAGGAGGUCGAUUCGGUCGUGGAUUUCGGAUAUUCUGGCGUAG